CCCUUUUAUUGUUGAAUUUUGUGUUACAAUAAAACGCAAUGGACCGUGAAGAAAUUAAAACGAAAAUGCAGCGUUCGCUGCGUAAGCAAAAGUAUAAGCAACUGCUCGAGGAGGGGGCACAGCUGGGGUUGCGGGCGGAAACAACCGAUCCGGUGGAAACAUUCCAGGCAGUAACGAAAAUUCUGGAGACAUCCAAUGCCCUUCAGAGCGAGGGUCGCAUCAAAGACCGGGCGGAGAAUGCCACCGAGGUCCUGAUGGAUGCACAGGUCCUCAAAAUGAGCCACGAUGUGGUCCAUGCUGCGAUGCAGAAGAUGGGCAGUUCCGAAUUUUCCGAUGAUGAAUUUGUGGGCGUGAUUUUGUCCAGUUUCGAUGCGGAACAGGGUAUUGAAAAUUGGGACAAGAUCACACGGGAAGCUGCCGCUGUGUUUUUGAUGUCCAAGCACAAUCAAUCGCUGUAUGGCACCUUCGAACACGAGCCCGUAGUGGUCCAAAAGGAAGCCAAACAACGGUCACAAAGGCAGCGGACGGAUUUCGGCGAAGCGAAGAAACCAUCUACUGUAGACAAACUUCUACGGAGGGAGAAGACCGCUCAAAAGUUGAACCUGAUCUUCAAUCAGAUUCGAAAAAUCUUCGAACAACGGCGGCAUGCGAUACCGUACUACGAGUUGAUAAUCGAUCCAGAGGAUUUCAUGAACACGGUGGAUAAUGCGUUUCAGAUAUCGUUCCUGAUUCGUGAUGGCAGAGUUGCUCUCUUGAAAGAUGACAACGACGAACCGACUAUACGACCUACCACCCAGGAGGAGAACGAACAAGCCCAAAGGAUGAAUGAGACUACGCAAGCUAUUUUCGGCCUGAAUCCGAAGAAGUGGAGGGAAAUGAUUGAACGCUUCCAGGUGGAUGAACCGAUGCUAAUUUUGAACCGCGAAGAGCUGAACUUGACACAAUCACAGAAGUAAACAUAGUAUUUAAUAUUAAACAGUACUUUUU